AAGAAAAUCAAAUAAAUGGUCAAUGGAACACCGUCUGCAAAAUAUAUAAGAAACAGCAUUUGGCAGUAGACGAGUGUCCACUGCCCCAACCGCAAAUUACAUCUCUAAAAAUCUUAUUUUAAGAGAAGAAGCAUAAUUUUUAGCUUGCUUUGAAGCAAAGACAGCUUAAGGGCUAUUUUUUGUUUUUACCUCAAACCUUUUCCGUCUUUUUAAAAUGCACCGAUUGCUCAAUGUUCAUCAUCCAAUCUACUGUCUCUUCCCUUUUCGCUUUCUUCAAUUAUUUUCUUCGCCCAAUCAAAUGCUAGUUUGACGUCAUUACAUGGUGGCGCACUCGUCUUAGACUUUUGCACCCAAUUUGUGCGUCUCUUCUAUUCUCUCUCGACCCCAUUUUUUCCGCUUUACAUAUAUUGCCCUCUAUGCCUAACCGUCCACCCAAACCAAGGUAGCAAGGUUGGCAUUGGCUUUUCUCUCUUUUUUUUUUUUUCAUCUCUCACUUUGAUCACAAUAGUGAGUUGAGUUGAGUUGAGUUAAGCGUUGGUUGACUUGCAAUUUUCUUUCCAAAUUAGAGCUAAAAAAGGGCUGGAAUCUUUUACGCGAAUGACAAAGGUCUAUCCCAACGCUAGUUUCAUCGGCAGCAAUGCCAUCUCCGAGAGGCCGCCUAAGCUGUUAGUAGAAGCUGAAACUAGGGAGGAGGCAAUUCUAACGGUCUGGAGAAAAUCUUUGCUGUUCAACUGUAACGGCUUCACUGUGUUUGAUGGUAAAGGUAAUUUGGUAUUCAGGGUAGAUAAUUACAUGGAAGGCAACAAGGGUGAGAUCCUUCUCAUGGAUGCGACUGGCAACCCUCUCCUCACCAUCCGCCGCAAGAAAAUGAGCCUCGGAGAUAGCUGGCUGGUUUACGAGGGAGAAACAUUAGUGAAUCCCCGACUUUCUGUCAGGAAAUCAGUCAAAAUCCUAAACAACAAGUGCUUGGCUUACGUUAUCCCUGGGAACACUAACAAUCGAAAUAAAAACAUCAUGUACGAGAUUGAAGGGUCAUAUUCCCAACGAUGUUGUGCUGUGUACGAUGACAAGAGGAGGUUAGUGGCAGAGAUCAGGAGGAAAGAGGCUGUUGGAGGGGUUGCCUUUGGAACCGACAUCUUCCGUCUUGUUGUUCAGCCUGAUAAUAUCAGGACAGACUUUGCCAUGGCUCUAGUCAUCCUUCUUGAUCAAAUGUUCGGAUCUUCAAGUCGCUGACUAUAAUUUUCUUUACCAAAAUACUAUAUAUAUAAAAACAUAGCAACAAUUUCCAAAUUGCAUCAUCAGCAUAUUCCCCACCAAAUCGCUUACUUUUGUAAAAAAAGAAAAAGAAAAAGAAAAAAAAGAACUGAAGCUGGUUUCUUUGGUCUUAGGGCUUGCUUUUUUCGUUUUAGAUAAAAAACCAAGCUCCCAGUGGGAAUGUAUACUCAUUCAAUAGAAGAAUAAUUUUUCUGUUUUUCUCUCUUUCCUUAUAUUUGGAUGGUUGUUUAUGAUCUGGGUUUUUCUUUGUCGACUAACAUUAAAAAAUGAUGACAAAAAAUUCCUAUAAUAAUAGUGAGGACUGCAACUUUAGUUACAAUCAAGAUGGAAUCUAUUCCAUAAAAAAACACGGUAGGACCACCACACUCCAAUUUACAUCUGUACAAACUUAUUGUCACACGUCAAAAGAUCUACCAUAAGGAAUCCAAAGCGAAAUUGGCAACGGAUCCAAAUUGAAAGCGAAAAUUCUAGAGAAAUAAAAAAAUUUGAACAUGUACGUAUGCAAUUGUGUAUGAUCCAUCCUUUUGAGUUGUUACGACUCUGUUCUUAUAUAUAUGGUAUGGGGUGAAGUUGACCUGAGAUGUACUCAUCAGAUGACUCCUUUUUUGGUGCUUUGAUUGCAGUAAAUUUGCUUAAAUUUCUACUACAUAUAGCAUCCAUAGAUUCUUCUCCUAUUCGCAUCACUUUAUAUCUUUUUAUUUUUUUUUUGUGAUUUCCUAUCAAAUAUAAUCCACCGGCCUUGCGUGGAUUGCCGCUUUACUUGGGCUAACACAAUACUAAUUCAAAAUAAAAUCUCCGAUGUGUAUUAAUUGCUUGAUAAAUUGAAGAGAAUAUAAUAUAUUGUUUGACUAAUCAGAAAGAAGAGGAUAAAGUCCAAAGGGACUUGUGGACUCAAUACACAUUUAAGGUCAGCUAUGGCUGAAAAGAAAUCAGUCUGUAAAAUUUUCAUUUACCAUUGUGUGUU